UUUGCACGAAGCUCACUCACGGUUCAAGGGAACGGGAGUCUGAUCAAUUUGCGCGCUGACCAUCUGCGCAAGUAGAAAAUCAUUUGUUGGCCGGUCUGGUUGGAGCAGGAUAAUCUGCUCGGGAAGCCAUUGUAGAACUUCUGCUAAGACAUAACUGCCACAAUGCAGUAUAACAACGUAUUCCAUAAUAAUACUAUUUUCAGAUCAAGACCUGACCGAGGUGAUCAACAACAAUAUAACAAACCAUCAAAUUAUUGGUGCGGUCCCCCACAGCAUGCUAUGGCCCCAGUUCAGGAUUUUGGUGGUCCCAAAAUUUAUAAGAAAAAACAACAGUCUCAAGAUGAUAUUCAGCUUACCUUACCAGUUUGGACAGAAGCAGAUUUGAAACCAUUCAGGAAAAACUUUUAUGAACCACACAGCAACAUGAAAAACAGAACCCAAAAUGAUAUAGAUAAUUACAGGGAAGUAAAAGAUAUCAUUGUCAGGGGAACAGAUAUUCCUAACCCAAAUUAUUGCUUUGAGGAAGGAAGCUUUCCCGAUUAUAUUAUGCAAGUUUUAAUAAAGCAGGGAUUCAAUGAACCUACAGCUAUUCAAUCACAAGGUUGGCCUGUAGUAUUAUCCGGCAGAGAUUUGGUAGGCAUUGCCCAAACAGGCUCGGGCAAAACUCUUGCAUACAUGAUUCCUGCUACUAUCCACAUUAACCACCAACAAAGGGCACAAAGGGGUGAAGGGCCAAUCGCACUAAUUCUUGCUCCAACCAGAGAACUGGCACAACAGAUACAAAAAGUUGCACAUGAUUUUGGAUCAAAUACCAUGAUCCGUAAUACUUGUAUUUUUGGAGGUUCUCCAAAAGGACCUCAAGCGAGGGAUUUGGAAAGAGGUGUAGAGAUUGUAAUUGCUACCCCUGGUAGGCUUAUUGAUUUCUUAGAAAAAGGAACCACAAACUUGUCAAAGUGUACAUAUCUAGUGUUGGAUGAGGCUGACAGGAUGCUGGACAUGGGAUUUGAACCCCAGAUCAGAAAGAUAAUACAACAGAUCAGACCUGAUAGACAGGUGUUGAUGUGGUCUGCCACGUGGCCCAAACAAGUCCAGGCUCUCGCAGAGGAAUUUUUAGUAAAUUAUGUCCAGGUAAAUGUUGGAGGUCUGUCACUUUCUGCUAAUCAUAACAUAAAACAAAUUGUGGAAGUAUGUGAUGAAUCUGAAAAAGAAGAGAAACUAAUCAAGUUACUGAAAGAAAUUUGCUCUGAUAGACAGAAUAAAAUAAUAGUAUUUGUGGAAACUAAGAAAAAAGUUGACGAUAUCACCAAGGUGAUAAAACGAGAAGGAUUUGCAGCAAUUUCUAUACAUGGGGAUAAAUCCCAACCAGAACGUGACUACGUCCUAGGUGAGUUUAGAACUGGAAAAUUCUCCAUACUAGUGGCGACCGAUGUCGCAGCCAGGGGCCUGGAUGUUGAAGAUGUCAAAUCCGUCAUCAAUUUUGAUUACCCCAAUUCUAGUGAAGACUAUGUCCACCGUAUUGGCAGAACGGGCAGAUGUCAGCAAGCAGGAACUGCUUAUGCUUUCUUCACACCCAACAACCAACGCCAAGCCAAAGAUUUAAUAGCAGUUUUAGAAGAAGCUGGUCAAAAUGUAUCACCUCAACUUAUGGAACUAGCCCAAAACGCGAGAAACCCGCAAAAUGGCCGCAAUCGCUGGCACAAUAAUCGCAGCAAAGACAACUCGUCUCCCAGCAGUCAGAACUCAGGAGGAAAAGUCAAAACUUGGACCAACACGAAAGUUUUCAAUAAUUCAGGAGAAUUUAGACCAAAUAACAAUCCCAAUAAUAGUAAUGGUUUGAGAAAUGAUGGUAUGCAAAGGAAUCCAAGAAAUAAUUAUAAUGGGUUUCAAUAUCAGAAUAAUCAGUUCCAAAAUGGGCAAGGAUAUCAGCAGUCAUACAGUCCUCCCAAUAUGUACCAGCAACAACAGAUGCAGGGUGGUGCCUCUAAUAGAGGUUAUGGCAAUUCACGAACCUAUAAUAAUCAACGCUACAACCAGCGUCAAAACUACCAGGGUGCUGCCCCUACCAAUCCCAACAUGUACACACUUCCUCCUCACUACAUGAUGCAGUCUCCAGCCACCGAUGGAAUUCAAUCAAUCAUCAAUCACAAAUUCUUCCAGAACAGGGGUCUUCCUAAUGCAACUAACCCCUGUGCAUACCAAUCGAUGGGUCAAGGGCAGGCGACACCCUACAAUCAAUAUCCUGGAGCCGUUCAGUAUACUUAUCAAUAUACCCAGCCUCCUACUGCUGCAGUCCAGCAGUAAAAAAUCAAUUUUUCUUGCAUUAUGGAAAAGGAUGCUGGCAUGUCGGAAAAUUGAACAGAAUAAAAUUUGAAUAUUAGUUAUCGAAUAUUACUGUUGCAGGGUAUUUUUUGUACAUAUUUGACUGAGUUAACGAGGUCAUUUUGAAAUUUUGUGAGUAUUCUAAAUGAGCUGGUUUUUUGGAAACCUUUCGAUGUGCUUUAAGGUAGAUUGUGCAAAAAAACUGUGCAGGAAAGAAAUUAACGCAAUCCCAAUGAUUUAAUUUGUUAUUUAUUUUACAUCAUCUUGGCUGUGUUCACUGUAUUUUGUAAAACUGACGUGUUGGUUGGAUUCCUUUAAGGUGGUGGCACCACUGCUUUCUAAUCUAUUUCUAUUAUAAAUUUGGUGUUAGUUUGCUGCUGCGGCAACAUUAACGACUCCUCAACGUAAUGUUGAACCGUCCAGCAGCUGAUGUUUAUCUUUUAGGCUAGGUUUCACCAUCUCCAGUACCAUUUGUGAAAAACAAGAUGAAUGUGUUUGAGAUAGGGUAAUUUGCAUCAGUUAGUUCUUUUGUAUUGAUAAAUAACAAAAGUCAUCAUUAUACUUAUUUUGGGGAGUCAUGAAAAUAUAUUUUCGUGAAAUAAAUAUUGAAAUUUAUUUUCAUUAUUAGUAAUGUGAUAUUAAAUGUACUGGUUAUUUCAUAUUUAUUCAAAUCAUAUAUCAUUUAUUUAUUUUCUAGUAAGAAUUUGGAAAGUUUUCUCAACUGGUGUUGGUGAAAUCAGCACUCUAGUAUAUACUAUGUGUGAGUUGUUAGCAUUUAGUAACUAUCUGUAUGCUGUUGAAAUGCACGAAACAUAUAGAAGGGGAGUUUGGGCUUUGUUUUGUUAUAGUAUUUUGUGCAUAAGAUGCAAUCUGAAAUGUAUCAUACUGAAUAUAGUUGAUAUAAAAUGAAAAUAUUGUUCAAAGCAGUCAAAAGUUUAUAUUUCUAUACCAAAGGUUUGUAAUAUGACAAAUUUAUUGGAUGAAAACUGUAGCAACUUUCGAAAUUCAGGUAUUCGAUAAACAGAAAAAAUAUGGUAUUGUUGAGUACAACCUUCGUUUCGUCACAACUGUGCCAUUAUGAGAUUCAAAAAUUGCAACCAGAAAAAUCUAGGUCAAGUGUGAAUAAUGUAUGGAACCAAAAUUUCUGAAGUUUCUACAGUUGUUCAUCCUUUGAUAAAAAAUGUAGUUUUAUUUUGUUGAAUAUUAUAUUUUGUUUUUAUGUUCGAAUAUUGAAAACUGUAGCAUUUGGCAAGUUAUAGCUUUGGAAGUAUGGAUGUUUGACUGUACAGAGAUCAACCGGCGUGAGCGUUCACGUUUUUAUGAGUAUGUGUCGUGUGAUAGUGGCUCACACCAAAUUUUUUAUUUGUAAAUUGCGAUCUUGACAUGACUGCUAGUGUCGUGUACAUAUGUGUAGUAUUAAGUAUUUAACUCGUUCGUCGUUUAUAGCGUGGUGCUGAAGAGCUCACGUCCAUCUGUGAUAUUUAACGAGUAAAGGUAGCAAGAGAAUAAUAUAAUUAACUUUUCCGAAUCGGGAGAAGCUCCAAGGUGUGUUGUUUGAAAAAUGCAAUGUAUUUAACAUUGAUAGGAAUGUGAUAUUUUCCAUUAAGACUGAAAUAACUAUAUAUAUUUUUUUUAUACCAGGUCGCAAUACCCGGCCCAAGUUGGAACCUCAAAUUCACCUUUUGUGUCGUGUUUUUGUUUCUUUUUAUGAAAUAAGAGUUGAAGAGCGAUUCUCACAAAUCGGACCUAGUGCAAAUAUUUGUAAUGCACAAGAAAGUUAUUUCAUUAUUCUAUAAUGUUAUCAUAUCGCGCCAUUGCAUCGUAACGAUUGACGAUUUUACAUAAUAUUUAAUAUUUUUUAUUUACAGUAUAUGGAACUAUUCCUCUUUUGGAACAGUUUCACAAUCUCAAAGUACCUUGUAUUCAUAGGUCUCGACCAGAACUGUCUUGAAAACAAAAUGUGAUCUUAAAAAAGCACUGUUUUGGUCAUGAUUAGUAUGAUAGUUGAAACAUUCAUUAGGUUACAUGGCCCUCGCAUCGAAAACUCUCUAAAUGAUAAUAAUAUGAUUAUUUAAUAUACUCUUCUGUAAGUUUCCAACAAGUGCAUUUCUUGUAUGUAAUACAGUAUUAAUAUUCUAGUUGUAAUUUCAAAUAUCUUUCUUUUCGUUAUUAUUAUGUUAUUUGUUCCAUUUGUAAAUUGGAUGUGUAUGGAAAAUCCAUGAUGAAAAUUUAAAUAAAAGUUUAACUGAUAGAAA